UUUUGAGGAUUAAAAAACGACAGAGCUCUCGUUCAAUCCAAAAUGUUAAUAAACCUGAAUAUUUACGAAAGUAAAAGUGAGGUUUUGGCUUUCUUAGGAGAUCUGUGUGUGCACAAUUAUUAAGCAACUAAAUGAAAAACAUCUCACUUGUUUAUUUUCAUCCGUUAAAGUGAGAAUAAUAACUCAAAAUUUACAAAUUAACAUUUCAAAAAACAAAUCGGUGAGCAAUAUAUCCGCCCUUCUUUUAACAGUAAUAAGCCUUCAUUCAUGAUCUACCACAGCCUCCCAGACUCUGUUCAGAGAGGUGGCGUGUUUAAGAAGGGCCCACAAGUUCUCAAUAGGGUUCAGGUGAGGAAGGGGGCCAUGUCGUUAUUCUUUCAUCUGUAAGGCCUUUACUCGCCACGCACUGGAGUACUUCAUGCGAUGGAGCAUAGUCUGCAUAACAAUCAUGGUCUUCUUGAAAGAUGCAGACUUUUUCCUUUUCCACUGCUUGAAGUCUUCUAAAAACUGGCAGUAGGUUUGGGAGUUGAUUUUGAGUCCAUCUUCAACCCGAAAAGGUGCAACUAGCUCAUCUUUAAUGAUAGCAGCCCAUAGCAGAGCUCCACCUCCACCUUGCUGGUGGAGCUCUGUGCCGUUACUGAUCCAUCCAUCUGGUCCGUCGAGAGUCACUCUCAUCUCAUCAGUCCAUAAAACCUUUGAAACAUCUGUCUUCAGAUAUUUCUUGGUCCAGUCUUGACGUUUCAACUUCAGUGUGUUGUUCAGUGGUGGUCUGGUUUCAGCCUUCCUUACCUCGUGUCUCUGAGCACUGAACACCUUCUGGAAUAUGACAGCACUGGAGGAUGAUGGGUUCCUGGUAGUUUCAUGUUUCAUUCUUCUCAAAUCUUUGGCAGUUCAUUUGCGUCUUUUUUUCUCAACACGUUUCUUGCGACCCUGUUGACUAUUUGCAACAAAACGUUUGAUGGUUCUGUGAUCACGCCCCAAUAUCUUGACAUUGACCGAGAGCACUGUAGUUGUUCAAUAAUAAAAUGAAUCCUCAAUACAACUUGUCUAAUAAUUAUGCAUGCAGUGUAAAUCUGAGGAGUAAACACUUGUUUUCCUUUAGGAACGCUCUGAUGUUCAACAACGAGCAGAUGGCCGACGUUCACUUCCUCGUCGGUCCUCCAGGAGACACUCAGAGAGUUCCUGCUCAUAAGUACGUCCUGGCGGUGGGCAGCUCGGUGUUUGGGGCCAUGUUUUAUGGAGAUCUGGCAGAGGGUCAAUCUGAGAUCCACAUCCCUGACGUGGAGCCAGCUGCUUUCCUCAUCCUGUUAAAGUACAUGUACAGUGAUGAGAUAGAGUUGGAGGCAGACACCGUACUCGCCACGCUGUACGCUGCUAAGAAGUACAUUGUUCCUGCUCUGGCAAAGGCCUGCGUCUGCUUUCUGGAGACCAGUCUGGAGGCCAAGAACGCCUGCGUGCUGUUGUCUCAGAGCCGGCUGUUCGAGGAGCCGGAGCUGACGCAGCGCUGCUGGGAGGUGAUAGACGCUCAGGCUGAACUCGCUCUGCGAUCCGAAGGCUUCUGUGAGAUCGACCUGCCGACACUGGAGAUCAUUCUGCAGAGAGAGUCGCUCAACAUCCAAGAGGUCCAAAUCUUCCAAGCUGUGUUGAGCUGGGCGGCGGCUGAGUGUCGACGUCGGGGUCUGCCGGUGAGCCCCAGGAACCAGCGGGCGGUGCUGGGUAAGGCUCUGUACCUGGUCCGGAUCCCCUCCAUGACCCUGCAGGAGUUUGCCGACUCAGUGGCGCAGUCAGACGUCCUGAUGGUGAAAGAGACUCACGAUGUUUUCCUGUGGUUUACUGCCUCCAGCAAACCCAUACUGGAGUUCCCUCUGGUGAAGCGGGCCGGACUGGCGCCUCAGAGGUGCCACCGCUUCCAGUCCUCGGCCUACCGCAGCAACCAGUGGCGCUACAGGGGACGCUGCGACAGCAUCCAGUUCGCAGUGGAUCGGCGGAUCUUCAUGGCCGGACUCGGUCUGUACGGGUCGAGUGGCGGGAAGGCCGAGUACAGCGUUAAGAUCGAACUGAAGAGGCAGGGAACCGUUGUGGCCCAGAACCUCACCAAGUUCAUGUCAGACGGAUCCAGCAGCACCUUCCCGGUGGGGUUCGAACACCCGGUCCAGGUGGAGCAGGACACCUUCUACACGGUCAGCGCCGUCCUGGAUGGAAAUGAGCUCAGUUACUUCGGUCAGGAGGGGAUGACCGAGGUGCAGUGUGGGAAAGUGACCUUCCAGUUUCAGUGUUCGUCGGACAGCACCAACGGGACCGGUGUGCAAGGGGGGCAGAUCCCUGAACUGGUCUUCUACUGCUGAACCAGAACCGGACAGACCUUUAAUCAAUCAGAACACCUGUGGGAGUGAAGUCAGAGGGAACAACAAGCUGCAAAGACUCAAGAUCUGAUUCACCGUUCAGGUGAACUGGAAGCUGAUUGGUUCGUCUGUGCUUCUUAAAGUAAAUCCUGAAUGACCAUUAAAGUUGAAUGAGUGAAUCUAAAACUCUUGUUUCUUUGAGGCGACGUCCUGCUGUAGUUUCCUGUUGCUGCCACUAGAGGAGCUUGUAGUUGACAGUGGUUCAUGGGAAAUGUAGUAAAUGCACUUUGAAAAGUUUUUUCCAUUGGAACCAAGAGUGUGAUUUUAAAAAGUACAUUUCUUCUUGCUGUGUUUAGUGAUGAUGUUUGUGUUGAAGUUGUGUUAGCUUCUCAUAGUCUUACUGCAGGAGAAUCAGUAUUUUAGACAAACACAGUCAGGUUUCAUCCAAAUGAGCUGUCUGAAUGCUCAAAAUGAAACCUUAUUAUAUUAGUAGAAUAUACAGAACCAUGAAACCUUCACAGCGUGGCGUCUUAUCUACAGACGGUCCUGGAGAUUUUCAGAUGAUCUUAUGCGUCAUUGAACACAAAGAUUUUCCCGCCACAUAAAGAUGGAGGUCAUGUGACCUCAUUGUCUUCCUCCAUAAAGAAUAAAGAGAUGAGAUGUUUAAA